CACAAUAGGCGCAGUUUUAGUGGAGCGGAAGCCGGGGCGGCACAUUACUGGAACCUGGCGGCUUGUGGAGGGUCUUUCCCAUAGUCGUGCGGACCCGAGGCGGCGGCCACCCUCGCUCCUAAUACACAAACUUCAACCAUGGGGCGUAUGCACAGUGGAGGGAAGGGUAUCUCCCAGUCUGCCCUGCCGUACCGUCGCUCUGUGCCCAACUGGCUCAAGCUGACCAAGGAUGAUGUCGAGGACCAGAUCGUCAAGCUGGCCAAGAAAGGCCUUACUCCCUCGCAGAUUGGUGUGAUAUUGCGUGACAGUCACGGUGUUGCUCAAGUGCGCUUUGUUACUGGCAACAAGAUCCUGCGUGUGCUUAAAGCCAAGGGCUUGGCCCCAGAUAUUCCAGAAGACUUGUAUCACCUUAUUAAGAAGGCUGUAGCCAUCCGCAAGCAUCUAGAAAGAAACAGGAAGGACCGUGAUUCAAAGUUCCGUCUUAUUCUGGUCGAGUCUCGUAUCCACCGCUUGGCCCGUUAUUAUAAGACUCGUGCUGUGUUGGCCCCUACUUGGAAGUAUGCAUCAUCAACUGCCUCUGCUCUUGUUGCAUAAAUAAAUUUAUUACAAUGA